AAAACCAUUUCAUUAUAAAUUCUACGUACACUCCCCACUUCAUCUCCUCAAAUUCAUCAAAACACACUACAAGAAAAUGUUGAUUCGUCUCCCUUUAUUGUGUCUUCUUGUUUCAGUCACGGCCAUUGCGGCUGACUUAACACCGGAGCGUUAUUGGAACACUGCCUUACCGAACACUCCCAUGCCAAACUCUCUUCGUCAUCUUUUCACACCAGAUUUCACUGAUGAGAAGAGCACGGACGUCCAAGUAGGCAAAGGAGGCGUGAACGUUAACGCCGGAAAAGGCAAAACCGGCGGAGGAACCGCCGUGAACGUUGGAAAAGGAGGUGUGUACGUGGACACCGGCAAGGGCAAGGGAACACACGUGAGCGUUAGCGGAGGAAAAGGUCCCGGGGGAGGCGUAGGCGUCCACACCGGGAAACCCGGAAAGAGAACCGACGUAGGAGUGGGUAAAGGCGGCGUUAUAGUGCACACGCGCCACAAGGGCAAGCCGGUCUACGUCGGUGUAACACCAGGACCGAACCCUUUCGUGUAUAACUACGCAGCGAGCGAGACUCAGCUCCACGACGACCCCAAAGCGGCUCUCUUCUUCUUGGAGAAGGACAUGGUUCCCGGAAAAGCUAUGAGCCUUAGAUUUAAUGCGGAAGACGGUUACGAUGGUAAAACGGCGUUCUUGCCGCGUGGGGAGGCGGAGACGGUGCCGUUUGGGUCGGAGAAGUUUUCAGAGAUCUUGAGUAUCUUCUCGGUGAAGCCAGGUUCGGGAGAAGCUGAGAUGAUGAAGAAGACUAUUGAGGAGUGUGAAGCGAAAAGGGUUGGCGGAGAGGAGAAGUAUUGUGCGACUUCUUUGGAGUCAAUGGUCGAUUUUAGCGUUUCUAAACUUGGCAACUAUCACGUCCGUGCUGUUUCCACUGAGGUGGCUGAGAAGAAUGCACCGAUGCAGAAGUACAAAAUAGCGGCAGCCGGGAUAAAGAAAUUGUCGGACGACAAGUCAGUGGUGUGCCACAAACAGAAGUACCCAUUCGCGGUGUUCUACUGCCACAAGGCCAUGAUGACGAGCGUUUAUGCUGUUCCGCUCGAAGGAGAGAACGGGCUAAGGGCUAAAGCGGUUGCGGUAUGCCACAAGAACACCUCGGCUUGGAACCCAAACCACAUGGCCUUCAAAGUGCUUAAGGUGAAGCCUGGGACUGUUCCGGUCUGCCAUUUCCUCCCUGAGACCCAUGUUGUUUGGUUCACCUAUUAGAUAGAUCUGCUUUUAUAUAUUGUGGGCUAUAUGUAAUAAAAAAUAAUGUUUGAUACACUCUCUUUUGGUAUGUUUUGAUUAUGAAUAUACAUAUACACAUAACACAUAUGCGUCGCUUCAUAUAGUCAAAGAAUGAAAUGCAUCUAUAUGUUUUCACU